AGGAAUCUCGUGCGACAGCCCGGCUGCUAUUUAUUGAAAAUGAUUCAUAUCCGUCUAGUUGUUUCGCCCUAGACUUCUCCAUCAUGGCAUUCGAACUCCAGCCAUUAAAUGCUAUUGCAGACUUGGAGGAGAUCAUACAGCUCAUGGUUGUAACGUUAUACACCCAAGAGCCAAUGAAAACAAUCUUAGGGAAUGCCUCUCCCGAGGACAAAUGGACUCUCCUUUCACACUCAAUUCGGGAUUGGUUGACUAAACCAGGAGCAGUUGGCUUGAAGAUGGUCGAGUCCUCCACCAACAAAAUAGUAUCAUUCUUCAUCGUCCAACGCCCUCAUUCUAUGACGGAUAACGAGAAGGCAGCUGGGUCUUCAUCAAUGGAAUAUCCGCUAGGGAUGAACAAGGAGCUGGCUAGAGAGUUUUAUGGUAUCAGCGUGGGUCUCAGAAGAAGGAAUGGAUUCGACCCAGCAAGGGAUUAUAGUGGCAGCAUCAUUGCGACUCUCCCAGAUUAUCAAGGACAAGGACAUGGGAGACGUUUAGUCGAAACAGGACUCAAAAUGGCUGACACAGAGAGUAAAACAUGGUAUGCUGGGUGUUGGCCAGCGUCGGUGCCGCUAUAUAAAAAAGUAGGGGGUUUCGAUUACAUCACUGAGGAGUCAAUUAAUAUGAGUCUCCAUGGCGGUGAAGGAGUAGUCUCGAUGAGGCUGUUUGUGCGCAAGCCCAAUGUAACUACUAUUUGAACUGAGUGAGUUAAGCC